AUGGCAUAUGCAACAACCUCACCUCCGGCCCUGGAUGCCGAGACCCAAUCCAGCAUAAGACUUUCCUCUCUCGCCCACUCUACCUCAUUACAUCAUGUCGUUACCUCUCUACCUCCCGGCCCUACUUCCUCCUCCGCACCUUCAUUCACAUCCUCACCUUCCUCUACACCCGUCUCAGCCUGCCCGGGUCCUGGCACACCGAAUUCCUUUACCCCCGCCGGUACUCCCUAUCAAGCUGCCAGCGAGGGCCCUCGCGGUCGAGGAACCGGAUAUCCUCUCCCAGUUCCUGCGCCUCUCGAGCUCGGCGAGGCCAUGAUGGCGGUUCCCGAAGCGCCUGGCGUCCUUGAUCUUUCCGCUUCCAACUCUAAAACUCCCGGUUUGAUGCGAAGGAUCUCGCGCGGUGCAGCCAGCAAGCUCACGCGGAGAAGACAAUCCGCCUCGCAAAAUGACAAGCGAGACCGAAGCUCCGGCCCCGUGAUUAUGCGCCGACGCAGUGACAGUAAGACAGGUCCUCAGCCUCCGCGCGACGUCGCCUGGGACUCGAGCAACGAGGAUGACACCAGUGAAGCACUGGACGGCCUUGGCGCGUGGGCUGGCUCGGAACCAUCUAGCCUGCGCAGUGAAAGCCGAAUGAUGUCGGCUCACGAGGUAGUUGGUGGUACUGCCGUCGCCAUCGCCCCCAAGGUGGACUCUGCUUUGCAGUGUGGAACCGUCUUGACCAAGGUGACGAAGAAGCACCGCAAGCAGGUCCGCUUUUUCCUGGACCUCGGUGCUGCCAAGGUCUUUUGGGACCUUUCAAAUCCCGCGAAGCGCUUCUACAUUGAUGAUAUCAAGGAAAUCCGGGUUGGCGCGGAUGCGCGGAAUUAUCGUGAAGAACAUCAAAUUCCGGAAGAUGUCGAGCGCCGCUGGUUUACUAUCGUCAUUGCUGACUCGGAGCGCUCCAAGGGUCGAGCAGUCAAGACCCUGCACUUGAUCGCGCCCAGUGAUCGCAUUCUUGAUCUGUGGACUACUACCCUCGAACACAUUUCCCGAUAUCGGAUCGGCCUCAUGGCUGGCCUGGCUGCUUCCGGUCAAAGUGAGGCGGUCCUUCAAGCCCACUGGCAACACGAGAUGUCCCGACUGUUCCCGCAAGGCGUGCGACCCGGUGAGGAACAAAGUCUCGAUUUCGCUGCCGUGGAAAAGGUCUGCCGCAGUUUGCACAUCAAUUGCUCUAAAAACAUGCUUCGUGCACAGUUCACCAAAGCCGACGCUGCUCGCAAUGGAAAGCUGAACUUCUCCGAGUUCAAGGACUUCCUCGCGCGCUUAAAGGAGCGAAAGGACGUUAAGGAAGUCUUCAAGAGCCGUGCCGCGAACCACAAAUCGGGCUUGACUCAAGAAGAGUUUUUGUCUUUUCUCCGCGAUGUGCAAAAAGAGGACGUCGAUUCCGACCGUGCUCAUUGGGUUGCCCUCUUCGACAAAUUCGUUCGAAGAUCCAGACGUGUUCCUUCUGAUGCGUCGGACGUUAGCGCUCCUGCUCCGGCUCUGAUGAAUCUGGACACUUUUUCUGCCUUUUUGACCUCUCCCAGCAACGGAGUUUAUGCAUCCCGCCCUCCUCAGUCGCGAUUCGAUCGGCCAUUGAACGAGUACUUCAUCUCCAGCUCUCACAAUACCUAUCUGCUCGGUCGCCAGGUCGCUGGUGCUUCGAGUACCGAGGCGUACAUCAGUGCCCUCCAGCAGGGAUGUCGCUGUGUGGAGAUUGACUGCUGGGAUGGUGCCGACGGGCGUCCAAUCGUCUCUCACGGCCGAACCUUGACCACCAGUGUUCUCUUCGCCGACUGCAUCACAGUCAUCAAUCGAUACGCCUUUAUCUCCUGCGACUUCCCUCUAAUCCUUUCGCUUGAGGUGCACUGCAACCCCGAGCAGCAGUUGGCAAUGGUCAAAAUCAUGAAAGAUACCUUCAAGGAUCAGCUGAUCCUCGAGCCCCUCAUGACCAACUGUUACAUUUUGCCCUCACCCGAGGACUUGAAGCGCCGUAUUCUGGUCAAGGUCAAGACCUGUGACGAGACUAUGACCGACUCUCGCUCAGGGACUUCAAGCUCUGUCGGUACUCAUGGCCGCAAGCGCAGUGCCAGCACGCCAUUUGUUCGCCCGACCGCGCCUCUCGAUAUCAUCCCCAACAACCAACUCCCUUCGCUCUCUAGCCCUCCUUCGAUCGGACUUGUCGAUGGAAUCGGCCCUUUGAUCUCACAAGAUCGACGCUCGCUCACUGCCACAAGUAUGAGCAGUGCCACCGAAGACAGCGACGGGGCACUGGUCUCUGCGCACAACGAAAAGAAGAAGCGCCGACGCCAGAAGAGCAAGAUUACCAAGCCCCUCUCCGAUUUGGGGAUUUACACUCGUGGCUACAAGUGGCACAGCUUCUCUUCUCCCGAGAGCCGAAAGUACAACCACGUCUACUCUUUCGCAGAGCGAUCGUUCGAAAGCAUCUGCCAGGGCCAUGACAAUAAGGUAGCGCUCGAAUCGCACAACCGGAAGUACCUUACUCGAGUUUAUCCCUCGGGGUUCCGCCUCCGCUCCUCCAACUUCGACCCGAACAAGUUCUGGCGGCGUGGUGUCCAAAUGGCUGCCUUGAACUGGCAGACCUAUGACAUUGGCAUGCAGAUGAACCAAGCUAUGUUCGCGGCUGGAACUGAUCGCACCGGUUACAUCCUCAAGCCUGAGAGUCUCCGACUCCCACCUCCUGAAAACGAGGGCCUGAAGCGAAAGAUUGAACGGAAAUUGAUCAGCUUCUCCGUUGAUGUCAUCUCAGCGCAACAGCUCCCUCGGCCUCGCACUAUUGGACCGGACGACAACAUUAACCCGUAUGUUGAGAUUGAGAUGUUCAGUGCCGAUGAUCGUGGCCAGAGUUUGGUAUUUGGCGAGGGCGGCAUGGAUGCGUCUGCUCGGAGCGGUAUGUCUGGUAUCGGAUAUCCCCAUCGCCGUCGCACCAAGAUCGAGCAGAGCAACGGCUACAGCCCCGUCUUCAAUGAUCGCUUCAAGAUGUCUCUUGAGACCAAGUAUCCCGAUCUGGUUUUUGUGCGAUGGACCGUCUGGAGCUCCAUGGAUGGCCGCAGUGCAGGCAACAACAACAGUGUGCAGUUGGCAACCUUCACUGCCAAGCUGACCAGUCUCUCUCAAGGCUACCGCUACCUGCCUCUCUAUGAUGGCAGCGGUGACCAGUACUUGUUCUCGACGUUGUUCUGCCGGAUCUCGAAGAUAGAUCCCGUUCCUGUUCAGCGGUUGGACCUCGAGGAGCUCCGUGCCGAGCGCAUGGGCAUCCUGCGUCAGAUCGGCCAGACUGUCUUCAAGCGCUCCUCGUCGACCGACCGCGAAAAGGAUCAGCUGCAGGAUCGCAGUGAUCCUGCGAGUCCUGAAGAAAAGGACAGCUCUCCCAACCUGACACCGACGGUCUCCACUACUUCAAACUCAUCAUUUGUGCAAUGA